AAAAGAACAAAAGAAACUGCUCCCGGGAACUUCCUUGUGGAGAGCUUGACUGAGCGUGAAAAAGCCCAGAGACAAGACAGCAGAGGCUGGGAAUCUCCCUCAGAAGAGACAGCACCACAAGUUAACAUGUUUGGCUACCCAACACCAGGAACAACAAGAUGGCUCCACAGGGACUACGGGAGCUCCCAAGGGGCCACAGGACAACUGAAAACCCGGUUGGAAGAUCUGAAAAAGCCUUGGCGGAAGGAAAUCAGUCCUUCAAUGUUACAGCAUAGUGAGACUGCCCGGCUAGCUGUGGAUGCCCUUUUGGAACAGGGAGAAGCUGGUUAUCUGCAAGCCAUUAUGAAAGAAAAGGAGCUUCCGUUUCUUUCCACGCUAGAUAUGGAUUACAUGUGUCAAAACAGCCAAAGCAUCCCAGAAUCACCACUUAAGGCACGAGAGGCUGGGCUCACGAGAGAGGAUAGUGCAGACAGGGCGUCUCUCCUCUCUGGAGUCACAUCUGGGACAUACUUUCCCUUCAUGUCAGAUGUUGACCCUCCACAGCUGGAGCUGGGUUGGCCAGUGGCACCCCCCUUCAAGGCAUUUCACGAAACAGAAGUCACACUGUAUUUCCAAAGAGACAAAGCCAACAAUGUUAAGGAAAUAGUUCGAUCGCUAAUAAGCAAGGCCCAGACCGUGAUUGCGAUUGUGAUGGAUCUCUUCACCGAUAUGGAAAUACUCAGUGAUCUGAUAGAGUGUUCGAGCAGACGCUGUGUUCCUGUUUACCUGAUCCUUGAUGAAAAAAGCCUGAACCACUUCACAGAAAUGUGCAAUAAAAUGGAUCUCACCAUGGAUGACUUCCCAAAUAUGCGCAUACGUUAUGUGAGUGGAGAAACAUACUACAGCAAAGCUGGCAAGAAGCUCACAGGACAAGCUCUUGAGAAAUUUGUGAUGAUAGACUGUGAAGAAGUCCUUGCAGGGACCUAUAGCUUUACCUGGCUGUGCAGCCAAGUCCACACUGGUCUGGUGAUACACUUCAAGGGAAAAAUUGUUGAGGAUUUUGACAGAGAAUUCCGAUGCAUAUACGCUGAGUCUAGAUCUGUGGAUCAGCUCAGUAAACCCAGUAAUGAAAGACCGAGUUCCUCACCUCCCAGAAUCCUACAAAAAAAUGAACCGAUUUUAAAGCACGUCCACCUGAAUGAGAGUGAAACCACAAGCCUCUCAAGUAGCCCCUCCAAUUCAAGCACAGCAAGUAUAAAGAGAGCACCAUAUUUUAACCCUUUGCCUUUUCCUGUAGCCUGUGAAAAGAAAGAACCAACUCCCAGUGAACCAAGAAAGAAUAUUUCAGGCUUCUUGGGUGUUAGUGACUUGAUACACCAGCCCAGGGCACUGCCAGACUCUAGCUACAGUACAUCAGCUAAGUAUCCAGUCAAUGAUGCAUCUAAUCUACUAAGAACUAAGACAUCUUUCCUGUCAACAUCUUCACCAAUACUAGGCAACAACACAAGAGAUGGUAGUGAUUUGCAGCCUCUGCCUGAGAGUAUUGGAAUAAAAGGUAACAGUAAAUUCUUUCCUGUUCAACCACUGGAGGAUGUAAGCAAAAUACAGAAGGAUGAAAAAGCAGUAACUUAUGGAUAUACCAAACCAGAUCUCAUUAACAAGGUAACUAAAUCAGUAAAUAGUGAGAUGAGGCCCAGAAUUCAUGGUUCCUAUGGUUUCUCCAAUGAUCCACCAGCGGAAAACAACAGCAAGUUACACAGGGAUGAAAAGAGGAUGACUCUUGGUCACAGUAAACUGGAUCUGAUUACCAACUUUAACAAGACAAAAGCAAAGCAAAUUCACAGUCGGUUUGAAAUGUAAUCUGUAUUCUGGGUUUAUCAGAAAAGAUUUAUUUUAGUUGAAUGGAUAUUGUGCAGACAUUGAAUCUGUAGAAAUGAAUACAAGUUCAACAUCUCCAAUUUUACAUUGGUGUGGGUGUCAGAUUUUGCAGAAAAUAUUGAGAAGACAUAAAAAUGGAUCUAGAAGUAUAAUCAAAUAGCUGAGCAAGAAUGAAGUAUGAUAUUGUAAGCCUUAUGGGAUUUAAAAAUAAUAUACUCCGAGAGCUGAAAACAAAAUUUUCAGUCUGAGAACUUGUGCCUCACAGACGUGUCUGGAAAUGCCUGAAGUAACUGAGGGGCAGAUUGUGGGGAUAUUUCAUGGUGGGCACAGUUUUGCACUGGGAAUGGAGGGGCCUGUUUGCUCAUGAAGCUCAUUGAGUGGCCUUGGAUGUGUCCCCAUUUCUUGGCCUAUCCUAUCCCACAGAGUGGUUGUGAAGAUAAAAUGUUAGGGCAUGUACAUCUCCCUCAGUAAGUUGGAGAAAAGGCAUGACACAAAUGUCGUCAAUAAGUAAAUAAAUAAGCCGAUGAAUAGAAAUCUCAUACUUCAGAAGAUGAGUGCACAGGCUUCAAGGUGCCUCCUUCACAGAAAGAACGAACCAACAUGUGCAGUUUUCUCUAGUGAGACAUUAGUAAUAUGAAAUUCAGUGAAACUACUUUUUAAAUUCCUCUGCUUGUUCAAGUCAGAAUCUCUGCUUCUAUGAUAAAAUAUUUUCUUGUCAAGGCUAUAUUAGUUUGGUUAGAGAAGCUAUACUUAAAUAGCUUGUGAACUCUGUAAUGGAAGACAGCAAGGGAAGGGCCAAAUUAAUGAGCUCAUCUCUGUGUGUAAUAAACAUGUAUUAUUGCAUAAUGUGGGAGUUGUGAAGAUCUGGCUACUCCCAUUAGUGUCUAGUUUGCAAGCAGAUAUUUCUGUGAGUGGAUGGAUAUGACUGGACAUGACCUGAACAUCUGUUGGUACGACCUGAAUACUGCCCUAGAUCUGUACAUAUUGUGAUGCAUUUUUCAGUUACAUGAAGCUAUAUUGUAUUUAUCCCAAACAGAGUUUGGGUUUCAGUAAUGGAUUUACAGUCAUAGCAGAGCUCCUUCACAUGAGUCGUUGAAGAAGAAUUAGGUCACAGUCCAGCCAAAGAUGCACACUUUGAAGGCCCUUUGAUUCCAAUCACAAGUUUAAUUAUAUGUGUAACCCUCUGAAAUUAAAGCACUUAAAACAU